AUGGCAGUUCACAACGAAUCUCAACUUAAUUCAACGCCUUAUUUUGAUCCUGAAAAGCACCCGAAAGACACUCUAAAGGCUUUCACGGAAUUUGUCAUAUGCUUUGAACUACGUUAUGAUGCCCAAUAUCCGGAUCCACCAAAAGUUUCCCUGGAUGCUGCAUUAGAACGAUGGAAGAUACAAAACACUACCGCAGAAAAUAGAGAUCCCAAACCUACUAUUCUCCAAUAUGACACAGUUAGAAAUGCAUGGCAUAGCCGAGAUCGUGUGCCUAAGCUUCUUGGUAUGUUUACUUCCAGCAGAUUCUACGCUGAUUGGUUGACAGCUGAACCUGACGAACAGAUCCGUAAAGACAUCGGCUGGGACGACUUUCUAACCAAAAUGCGGCGAUUUUAUAAAGGAUCUGAUAAUGAGACUGUCCAAAAUUUCCAUUUUAGAGAUAUUUCACAAGAACCUGAUGAAACAUUCCCAGGUUUUUGCAACAAAGUUAAAAGAGAAGCUAAACAUUGUGCUUUUAAAUGUGACAGUCCUACAUGUACAGCGGAGUCUACAGCCAUCAGAGAUCAGAUAAUUAUUGGAACAUCCAACAGCAAUAUCAGAGAAGAAGCGCUUCUUAGAGAUUGGAAUCUCACGGAUUUAUGCCAAAAAGGGAUGGCAAUGGAGAGUGCUGCUAGAGGUGGUACCGAAAUUGCAGACACUGGUGCAUGUGUAAGUGUGUGUGGAACAUCACAAGCUAAACGAUGGAAUCUUCUAGAUAAAUUGGUAUCCUCUAAAGUACGCAUAAAACCUUAUAUGAGUAAUCCUAUCUCUGUGCAUGGAACUGCUAUUUGUUCCGUCACUUUUGGAUCUAUUUCUGUACCUGUUGAGUGGCAUGUUAUUUCUGGUUUCUGUGAACCAAUUUUAUCUGGCGACAAAGCUUUACAACUUGGAAUCAUCAAUUUCAGUCCAAAAGCAGAAACAUUUUUUCCUAUACAUAGCAUAGAUAAAACAGCUGAUGACGUCUCAAAAAUUUCAUUACAAAAGAUACUUACCCACUAUCCAGAAAAUUUCACUGGGUUGGGAAAAUUACGACACCACCAGGUCAAGGAAGCUAGACAGCGUGACGGACUUAUCAAACAAAGGCGAGCCGAGAAAAUCAAUGACUCCAAAUAUCGCUACCAAAGUUUAUUUAAAAUUGGGGAUCGAGCAUUAUUACGAAACUACAACAAAACAUCUAAGUUUCAUCCAACCUUUCUACCUGACUCAUGCAAAGUCACACAUGUUGACGACACUGGCUCAUUCAUCCUGCUGGAAAGACAGAAAGAUGGUAGAAUGUUCACCCGACACCCUGAUGAUAUAAAGAAAUGCGUCAUCGAUGAAGAAAUUGUCCCAAAAUCACAACCACUUACAGAGCAAGAGGUUAUCAAACGUUGGCAUGAGUUAUGUGAGACUCAUGCCAACCACGGAUUAAAUGAUGACGAUUCUGGAGACUCAUUAUUAGAAUACCAACAACAAGAUGAUGGUAAUAUUGCACCACCUGAACCUCGUAACCGUAGACGAAAUCCAAGAUAUUUUAAUGAUGACUUUGUAAACUAA